AUGGCCUCGGCAACAGGAAUUCCGCAAGAUCACCCAGAAACAAUUAUAUCGCGAGAUGAUGAGCCUCUAUUGGGCGAUCCAGGCGAUGUUACACAAAAGCCCAACGAGAUUAUUUAUCGGAAUCUCUUCACAGGAACAGCAAGUGUUGCACAAGCGGGGAUUUGGAUUCUAGCUGCGCUGGUCUGGCAGGGCAUCUUAUCUCUGCCCCUCUCGUUUUUCACCCCGCAUCCACUACUCGGCGUCUCUGCCCUUCUGCUUCAAGUUCAAGCAGCUCUUAUCUUGCAACCAACUGCCACCCCUCAACAGAAGCGUACUGGUACUCGCAUCCACUACUCCUUACAGCUGCUUAGUGUGAUUCUUUUUGUAUCUGCCUUUGUGAUUAUCGAGAUCAACAAGGGUUCUCAUCCGCACUUUGUUUCUCCUCACGGCAUUCUAGGGCUGGUUACUUACAUCACUAUCGUGCUGCAAGCUGUGGUCGGUGUCAUCCAGUACUUUUUGCCGGUCACCGUCCUCGGUAGUGUGGACGCUGGGAAGCGCAUUUACAAGUAUCAUCGCUGGAGUGGCUAUGUUUUGCUACUGCUGGAGAUGGCGACUGUAUUGGCGGCGACGCAGACCGACUACAACUUGAAGGCGAUUCAUAUCCCUCUAUGGGGUGUAAUUGUUUCUGUUGUUUUGAUUCUUGCUGGAGUGGGUGCAAGGAUUAAGAAGCAUAAAUUGGGGCUGUGA